GUGGGCCUACAAAGGGUUGAAAGGAAAAGUCUUUCUUUAUUAUAAAUGCAAAAAUAUAUUCGGUCUAUAAGCAUGCAGCACACAUGUAUAUUUGCCAUUAUAAGACCCGCCUACUCUUAGACAGAAGCUUUGUUUGAGUACUGUGGUCAGGUUCAGCUUCGGGGAAAUCGAAAGUAACGAAACAAAAACUAGAUGACAGGUUGGCAGACAGCGACUUAUCACGGUCAGGAUGUCAAUCAAGUUCUCUGGCUGGGAGGUGGUGGAUGAUGGAGCCUGUUUCCCUGGUGUGUUGUUGACUCCAGCACAAAAGCCUCAAAACAAAGGAGUCUACACCAUGUUCCAUGGAACCAGCAUCACCAGCGCGCGGGCCAUCAUCACCGGUGGAUUUCAGCAGUCGUCCAGUGGCAUGCUGGGAAAGGGUGUGUACGUAAGCAGGGAUGUGAAGAAGGCCGCUAACUAUCCUCUAGGAAGUAACCCUAAUGACCGUGUGAUUUUCGAGCUGCGUGUUCGUGUAGGACGUGUGAAGCGUAUAGACAAGGACAACCAUCCACUGCAGUUAACCUGGAGCUCCCAAGGCUACAACACCGCUUGGGUCCCCCCAAACUGCGGCAUGAAAUCUGUGCCCAGCGGCCUGGAGGAAGACUGCGUGUUUGACCCUAAAAGGGUGAAGGUCGUGGGAAUCGCUAGAGCGCCAAAUGCUGCGAUAGAAAAGGAGCUUAAGCAGCUUCUGGAUAAAGUAUCUAAAAAGGACAAGGGGCGAGCUGGUGAUGGGAAAGAUGCUUGUCCCCUGUGCAAGAGGAAGACCCAACAUGGAGCUCCUCAUAUUAAGCAGAAGUGCUGGAAGUGUGGCCUAAACAUCUGCAUUCUCACAUCCAAACACUUUUGUCAGAGGAAACCUUGACAGAAGCUGUGGAAGGAAUAAAAACAUAGAGUCGAAUGAUGCAAUCCUUAAUGAUUAUAAUGCAGGCCAAAAAUAAAUAAAUAAAAAAAA